UAUUAAUUAGGAGUCUAUAAUUAAUAUUUCGUUUUGGAGGGCCUGUUAAAUCUCAGGGCCAUGUUGAUUGUAAUUUAAAUAAACAACUGGAGUUAACAAGAACUAGUGAAUUGAGUAGAGCAUAUUCGGACUUACUUUGGUGUAAAAAUCUGGUGGAGAAUAGUGUCAAAAUCAGUUUUCUUGAAGUCCAUCCUCCAGCCAUCUCCCAUGUAUAUUUUAACCUGUUUCCAUGUUUGUAAUGUUGUUUCUAUGUUAGAAUAUUGGACAAUCAUUUUGAAACACUAGAAAGAGAAUUACAAUAUGUUUGAAUUGGAGGAAAUGUAGGAAAAGGAAGAGGAAAAUUAAAUAUAAUGGGAAGGAAUGGAGGGAAGGGAUAUGAAAGCAAAAACUCCAAAAUUUUAACAAAAGCUGUAAGGAAGAAGUUUUUUAGGAUUGCAAUUCGAUCUGUUAGUGAUGGAUUUUAUCAUCGUCAACUUAAUCGGACAAUGAUUUUUAAGACCCUUUCAACUGAUUCAAAGUCGGGUCAUGACAAUGAUGAGAAUCAGAAUGACAAAUCAUUUGCUGAUGACUUUGCAAACCGCAUAUUUGGUGAAAGUUUGGAAGAAAGUCCUCUUUAUCGAAAACUUGAGAAAAUUGAGAAGAAUCGGUCUUGGGGUAUGUUUUCCAAUAUUGGUGAUAGUUUUGAAGAUAGCAUGAAGGAGGCAGCUACAUAUUUUGAGUUUGACCGAAAUGAGAUCAACCAAGAAGAUUUUUCUUAUAGAGCAGACAUGAAUUUCAGGACUGGUAUGACAUAUACCCCUGAGGAUCUAAAUCUUAGGAAGCCUGGAAGUUGGAGACCUAGCAAAAAAUCCGAGUUUCAUGUAACUUCAGAUGAGGUUCUCAAGAAAGCAGAUUUCGGGAAUGUGAAAUUCCUUGCCAAUUUUUUGACAGACGCUGGAAUAAUAAUCAAGAGAAGCCAGACUAAGAUUAGUGCAAAAGCCCAAAGGAAAGUUGCAACGGAGAUCAAGAUAGCCCGAGCAUUUGGAUUGUUGCCUUUCACUACUAUGGGGACAAAAAACUUCAAAGUAGGGACAACAAUGGAAGCUCUUGACGCGGAUUACUCUUACCAAUCCGAUCAUCUUCAGGAAUCUGUUGAAGAAUAGCUGUUCUUCAGUCAUUGUUGUAGUUUUUACUGUUGUCAAAGAUAGUUGGUGCAUGAUCAACGAAUUUUUUGGGAUACAAUUUUUCGCAUUCAGAAGAGCUAGUAAUAUUUGCUCCUCAA